UAUUACCAAAUGGGAAUAGAUUCUCAGUUUUACAACAUUAACUGCAGAGAUGGAUUUAAGCUUUUCCAGGUACUGGCAGCUAUGGUCCACCUCAGUGUCACUCCUGAAGUCUCCCUUGCUGACUCGCCAGUGAAGAUUUAUGCCUCUGGUCUGGCGCCUGCCCAGCUUGUGACCCUACAUGCAUCACUGACAGAUGAAAGGGGAGUGAAGUAUACAGCCAGAGCCUUUUACCAAGCCAAUCAGAAUGGAGAAGUAGAUGUGGCAGAGGCCUCUGCUCUGGGAGGCAACUAUACAGGUGUGUGGUCCAUGGGCCUCUUCUACACUCUAAAGGCUGAGAAGAUGUUCCACAGGCUGCUCAAACGUGAUGUGACAGGCAGCCCCUUCUAUGUUCAGAUUAGUCUCUUUAAUUCUACUGUGAUUGUGCCCUUGCCCACGCAUGAACCACUGGCUACUUCCACUGUGGAACGAUGGUACGCAGCCCCCGGAGUGGAACGCAUCCCAAUUAAGUCUGGCCGGGUCCGGGGAGCCCUCUUCUUGCCUCCAGGUUCUGGGCCAUUUCCAGGACUGAUUGACCUAUUUGGUGGAGCUGGAGGACUAAUCGAAUUUCGAGCUGGCUUAUUGGCUAGUAAAGGCUUUGCAGUUCUGGCUUUGGCUUUCUUUGCAUAUGAUGAUUUACCACAGACUCUGGAAGUAAUAGAUCUGGAGUAUUUUGAGGAAGCAUGCAGACUGCUCUUGAAAAAUCCUAAGGUAAGAGGUCCAGGACUUGGAAUUAUUGGUUUAUCCAAAGGAGCAGAAAUUGCAUUGGCCAUGAGUACCUUCUUAAAGGAAGUAGUGGCUUCAGUGUGCAUCAGUGGUCCAACAAUAUUGAGUACACCACUUCACUUUCAUGAUGUCAGUAUCCCUGGAGCUUCCUACCCAGGUGAAAAGAUUCGCAUUAAUGAAAUGGGAUUGGCAUCCGUUUACUAUUGCUUGGGACAUCCUCUGGAUGAAAAAUAUGAAGUGUCUACCAUUCCUGUGGAGAAGGCCCAAGGGCACAUCCUCUUUGUGGUGGGGGAAGCUGACCAAAGCUUCAAUAGCAGGGUGUUUGCUGAAGCAGCCCUGGCUCGAGCGAAGAAACAUGGGAAAAAUCAUUGUAGUCUGUUGUUUUAUCCAGGGGCUGGACAUCUGAUAGAACCCCCUGGAUCUCCAGUUUGCUUUGCCUACCCAAUUCAGUUUUUUCCCUUGCCGAUCCAAUGGGGAGGGGAAGUGAAGCCUCAUGCUAAAGCCCAGGAGCACUCCUGGAAUGAGAUCCUGAAUUUUUUUAAGUUUCAUCUUGGGCCACUUCAGAAUAGCAGUUUAUGAUAAAAGAAAGGCCAGAUUGUUUAGCUUCCUUUAGAAUUAUGGAGUUGGAGGGAGCCAUUGAACUCCAAUCUUCUACCCUGUGCAGAGGUUAAAGUUAAGACAACUCCUUUAGAUGAAGGGGAGUCCUCUAGCUCUUCCACUGAUUAGAUCCAUUGUUGAACUGCUGCUUGGUGUUAGUAAAUUUUUCAGAACAUUCAAACAGAGUCUGCCUCACUGUUUAGAUGUCCCACAGUCUGAGAAGAAAACAGAUGUUAGCAUUCUCUGUGGGCUUCUUAAUGAAUGCUACUAUAUUCUUCCUUCCGUUCUUUGUUUUUCAUAAAGCUACACGCAUUAAGAUUCUUCAUUCUGCCUUCAGAGAACUUACUUGCCAUUCUCUGAAACUACAACAGUUUCUGUGAAUUCUUAAAGGAUGGAACAUCUCCUCCUGAGAUUUGGAAUUUAUAUUUCUUCUGGUGCAAAGGAAAUUACAUUUGCCCUUUUUUAAUAUAAUCACAGUGCGAUGUCAUAGUUUUCAAUCAACAACUAUUCUAAGCUGUUUUUUGUUUGUUUUUUGAGAUAUUAGUGUCAAAUCAAAUAUCUUCGAUCCCAUAAAUAUGCAUCUGAAUUCUGCUUUCUAAAUGCUUAAUUUCAAUUUCGGUUCUCUUAAUUUUUGGAAAUAUUGGAUUCAUAGAAGAAAAAAUAAGAGGUGACACUUGGUGGAUCUGUAGAUACAUCAAAUUGAGACAGAGAGAAAAAGGCUGAUGCAAUAUUGUAGCACUCGUAUACAAGCAGUAAUUAAGCUACAAGCAGAAAAGGGAUAUCAGGCAAUGUAUUAAAAGGAAUGAAGCAAAUGAAUUGUAUUAACGAAUAGAAAUAAGCAUAAUUGAGUAUUAUUCAAAUAAGAGUGAUAGUGAAUGAAAUUAAGAGUGGUGAUAAUACUUAGAGAAUAGUAUAUGUAUAUGUAUUGUGUGUAGUGUUAUAGAAAUAUAUAUAUAUAAGAGCUGUUAAGCAUAUUAUAAAUUAUACUAUAUAAUAGUGGGAUAAGGAAAGGUAUAAUUCUAUUUGUAAUCUUAUUUUUACCGUUAACCCUAAGAAUAAUGUUCUAUAAAGGUAUUAUAGUCAUAUAUAUAUAGUCAUAUAUAUUGAUACAUAAUUAGAAAUAUUAUAUAUAUAUAUACUUUUUACUAUAUUAUAUAUAUAUAUAUAUAUAUAUAUAUAUAUAUAUAUACACACACACAUACAUAUUUAAGCUUAGACUAUAUAGAUUGAAAACCAUCUUGAUCAACAAAAACAACUUGCAAUAAAUUGGUAUAUGUGAAUAUGGAAAAAUAUUAUUUAAGUAAUAAAAACAACAACUAAAGUAGGCAAAAAAACAGCUACAAAUCCCACACCUAUAAUGGCCUCUCCUACAGAUCAAAGAAUGAUAGUGACCAUGUUGGGGAAAGAAAAA